AUGAAAGUGGACCUACCUAGCUAUACGUUCCUUGAGGAUGGGAGGAGAAGAGUAGAAGAGAGAAAGGGAGAGAGAGGAGUUGGAACGGGAGAAGAAGGGAGACCGAGAGAAGGAGAGGAAAGGAAAGGAGGACGACCGAGAGAGGAAUCCCCUGGCAGCCGUCCGUACUGGGCAGACGCUUCCCUCUCGCCUGGCCUGGGCCUCAUCAGCGACGCCUUCUCCAACACCUUUCCCAACAGUGCGUCCUUCUCGAGCACCGUCCCCUUCUCCCUCAAUGCCACAUUUCCCAGUAACACCAGUUUCUCCAACACUUUCCCCUCCAACAGCUUCUCAUCAGCCAGCGAGCGCCUCCCGGCCAAGGAGGAGGUGAGUGCGCGGCUGAGGGAGCUCGCCCUAACCUCUGAGAGUGGCUCGUGCUCGGUGCUGGAGGUGAUCGAGCCCUCAAGCGAUGAGAGCGCCGAGGAUGACCCCCCAGUAGGUAUUGGGGAGGAUGACCCUGGAGGGGGUCGAGGGGAAAGAGGAGGUUGUGGGGUGGCUGUAGCUCCCUCGUCCUCCUGCCAGGCCCCUGUCACAAGUCCCACAUCGUCAUCAUCUAGAGAAGGGGAAGCAAAGGAAGCGGACUUAGGUGGGGGAGGUGCCCCAGCCCUUCCUCCUCCUCCUGCAUCACCGUCCUCCUCUUUGCAGGCGCCUCGUCCUGCUGCUGCAUCUGCUGGUCCUCCUCAUCCCACUGCUCCUGCACCGCGGCAUUCCCAUCCACCUCCAAUGCCCCCCCCUCGAGGUGCUGCUGCCCCUUCUUCCUCCUCAUCCUCCUCUUCCUCCUCCUCACAUCCUCCUCCUCUCCCUUCGUCUGCUGUUGAUGGCAAACACUUUUUAAUCUCUGAGGCACUCGGAAUUCCUAUCUCCGCUGCGCGCAGUGUCUCUCGCAAUACCACGCAGCGGAGAGACUUCCUCCUCCAACAGAAUUCCCAGCACAACCUCCCUCAUCCUCAUCCGCCGUCUUUCUCCUCCUCUUGCCCCAAUGUCUCUGCCUCUUCCGUCGUCGUUGCUGCUUCUGCUGCUUCCUCAUCGCCUUCCUCCUCCUCCCAUUCCUCAGCCGCUGACACGCCCCCUCUCCCCCUUCCCCUUCCUCCUGCCACCACGGCUUCCACCACCUUCCCGACCUCUACCACCUCUUCCACCACGGCUUCCACCACAGCCACCACUGCCUCCUCAUCCUCUUCGUCCUUAAAGCGUAGAGGGUUCCUGCACAAGUUCUCACUGCGACCGCCUUGGCCAUCCAGGAAGAACAAGGCCAAGCAGGGCACGAGCACCCCCAGCAAGGCAGCAGAACCCAGCAGCAUCAAGCAGGGAGCAAGCGGCCCAAAGCAGACGCCAGAGCUGACCACGAGGGACUUUGAAGAGACAUACGGGAAGUUUAGGGAGGAGCGCGAGGAGCAAGAGGAGGAAGAGGGCCACCAGGAGGAGCAGCAGGAGGCAGAAGAGGAGGAGGAGGAGGAAGAGCGACCAGAAGGAGGAGGAGGAGCAAGACGUGGGAUGAGAACGGGCAUGGGAGUCCUUCUGGGAGGUGUUGCGGGUGGAACGGGAUCCCAAAGAGGACAUAGAAGAGGAGGAGGAUUCUAUUCAGGAGUUGAUGCGUCAGCCACGACUUCAGACUCCAAUUCCUCGGAGGAAUCGUCUGUCGGAAGGCCUUCUGCCUCAUCCAAGAUAGCACCACUGUUGCCGUCCUCCUCAUCAUCUUCCUCUUCUUCCUUCUCCUAUUCCUCCCCGCCCCCUGUCUCCUGUGCAGCAGGUCCCCUGUCCACUGCUGAAUCCACCCCCUCUGCCCUCCCCGUUGCCUCCCCCCAUGCCUCCUCUCCCUCAUCGUCGUCGUCUUCUUCCUCCUCUUCCUCCUCACCCUCUGCACCUCCUCCCCCACCCUCCGACUUUCUUGAAGCCCCCUCAAAGCUCAGAGCUCGAGGUCAAGGGGCCCCUGAUAUCAGCCUUAGUCCCAAGACCCUCAAGGGCAUCCCCACCUCCACUGCUGCAUCCUCCUCCCCCUCCCAUCCACCUCCCCCCCCCUCGCGGCGGACGGCUGAGGAUUGUACUCCGGGGCCCGAAGGCGGGGGGGGAGGGGUGCUUCUCGAGGUCCUCGAGGACUUCCCCUUGCCUCCUGUGCCUGAAGGAGCAGUCCUCAAGGGAGGAGGAGAGGCACUUCUUGAAGGUGAAGGGAGCGAUGAAGCCAUGCUCGUCGGCCGACAUUCCUCCAGGUCGUCUAAGUGGGACUCGAGACCCGACUUCUCAUAUACGUCCUCCUCCUCUUCCUCUUCCUCAUCCUCGGGCUUCCCCUCAUCCUCCUUCAAGAGUGAGUUUAGUCUCCACAAGGCUGGCAUGAGCAGGGACAUUGGAGCUGGAGGAGGAGGAGCAGCAGGGGGAGGAGCAGGAGCAGGCGGAGGGAAUGUAGCGCCAGUAGCUGCAUCAGGACCUCCUGUGGGCCUGACGCUAACUCAGGACCUUCUCCCAACGGCAGACUGCAGCCCCCUUGGAGCAGGUGGACGGAUGUCCCCGGCGCCUAGUGAGGUCAGCAAGACCGAGUCUGCCCUCUCACCCCCCUCGCACGCCUCCGACGUCAGCAAGAGCGAGUCGGCACGGCAGCUAAGUGUCGGCAAGGGUAGCGUUGGAGGGGCCAGCAGCAAGGAAGGCUCCUCUGCAGCAUCCUCCUCCUCCUUCGACUACUCCCUCACGCUCCUGCCUUCCCUCAGGAAACAACUCAGUGUCAAGACGGCAAACAUCAUUGACAUUUCAUGCGAGCAGAAGGGUGUUGCAGCCCUGAGGAAGGGCUCAGAGGAAGGGCUCACGGCUUCAGGUGCCAAGAUGACGGAGGCAGCCGUGCGCGGAAUCCACUCCCCGCCUUCGACCUCUACGUGUGAGAGGGGAGACCGGGAGAGGGGAGAGCGCGCCGAGAGAGACAAGAGCCACAGUGAGAGGGAGCGGGAGCGAGGCGAGCGAGGCGACAGAGCAAAGAGAGAGGAGAGGCCGUGGUAUGAGAUGUCGGACGAGGAGGACGAGGAUAUCCUCCUCCCCGACCGCCUCGUGAGCAAAGGAGGGACGAGGCUCUGCUGUUCUUCGUCGUCCUCGUCCUCGUCCUCGUCCUCAUCCGAUGCAGCUGCUUCCUCCUCGUCCACCUCCUCGUCGCCCUCGGCCAGCUCGGAGGACGAGGCGGAGGUUUGAGAGAAAGGAGGAAGAGGGAGUAAAAGAAGAAAGGGAGAAGAGGGGAAAAAUGGAGAAUUGGGGGGAAAGGAAAUAGUAUAAAGAAGCAGAGAAAGAGAGAGGAUAAAAGAGAGAGAAUAGAGAAAGAGAAGAUUUGAGAUUUUGAGGACAAAAGAAGAGAAGAGAAAAGUGAGAGAGAGAGAGAGGAGAAGAGAAGAAAAGAGAA